UGACGUCAAGACAAGCACUGCUACUUCAGCCAAAGUAAAUGCCUGUCAGUUUGUGGAAAUACACGACCUGCAGUUCAACCUGUUGACAUUUGUUUGUGCAAAAUGGAUAAUGUGUUGAUCUGGUUAAACGUGUGAUAUAUAUUGUGUGUUGAUAUGACGAUUUUAUAAAUUCGAGCUGUCUGCUUGGGCAGGUACGACUGGCCGCGAUGGACGGGCCAUACACUCGAGUUUUGCUUAUAAGCGCAAAUGUUGGCUCCAUUUUUGAAGAUCCUGAUCAUAUGCUGAAACUAUGGCUUACAGAAUUCCUAAAGACUGUACAGCAGUACGAGCCUGGCCUGCUGGCUCUCCAUUGCCAAGAAGUUGGCGGUAAAAACUAUGAGGCUUCCAUGCAACAUGUUAACUCUUUUGUGAAAUCUAUGCUAGGUUGUGAGGAAUUACAGAAAUAUGACAGAGUACGUGUGUUUUUGGAUGAGGACUACACUGCUGCAGACAAGUUCACAGCGCUUGGCAAUUUAUACUUUAUCCACGAGUCCAUUGACGAUGUGAUGAUCUGGGAUUUCGUUGAUUGCAAAUUUGUACCUGUGCUUGGACGAGAGGUACUUUCAGGGAAUAUAGAGAAUGUUCAAAUCAAGGAGAAAGCCAAGUUUCCCCAGGAUUUCUUCCCAGAUUUCAAAUGGUCAAGGAAAGGCUUUAUCAGAACAAGAUGGAAUAUAAGAAAUUGUUUAUUUGAUCUUGUCAACAUCCAUCUAUUCCAUGAUGCAUCCAAUAUUAUUGCAAUGCAAACAAGUCCCUCAGUAUACAGUAAUAACAGAAAAGCAGCACUGCUACACACACUGCAAAGGUUUGAAAAGGACCAGUACGAUAAAGUCCCCAUGUUCAUAUUUGGUGAUUUUAACUUCCGUCUAGAUGUCCACCAGCUAGUUUCGAGUUUGACGUCAAAAACCAAAACGCACCAAACCAAAGGAAAAAAGGACCAAAUUGCCAAAAUAGUAUACUCAGAGGAAGGCAAUGGAAAGACUGUGCUGUCAAUCGAGACAAAAGGGUUUGAUCACCAUGACAAACAUGCAGAGGUUUUCUCAAAGAAAGCAAAAUAUUUACGGCCCUAUGACAAGGAGAUCUAUUCCUACAAAGACAAGCUGUAUGAGUUUGAUAUAUCUUUUGCACCAAGCUACCCAUUCUCAGAAGACAUCACAGAUGGUUUGUCCUACAUGAAGACGAGAUGUCCAUCGUGGUGCGACCGCAUCCUCAUGUCUAGUAGUGCCAAAAACAUAGUCGUAAACGAAGACAAGUACCAGCCCCGAUAUGACAUCAUUGGAAAGGAAAUCUGUAUGGGGGAUCACAAGCCAGUUUACCUGUAUCUACACAUCAAGAGAAGCCAAGCUCCCACAGUGUCGGCACCUGAGCUGUUACAGCUGCCCACAGCCACCGAGGUGAUAGUACCCAGCACACAGGUGAAGAUUUCCCACGUGGACACUACUAAGUAUAUCCACAUCCGGCGGCAAAAUGGCAACUCAACCCGCGUCUUCCGAGAAACGUCAGUCUGACACCAGUUGUCUCCCCUGGACCUUGUAAUAUGUAGACACUGGUAGACAGGACGUUCUGCUACAUAUCCAACAGAAAUUUUGGCAUUCAUAUUGUUUUUUCCCCUUUUUUAUUUAAUACAAUGUUACAUUUUUGUUAAAUGCAUGAAAUGGUCUAUUUAAUACAUAGAGAAUUAUGAAAUAUUUACUGUGCAAACAACAGUUGAAGAGUAUGCUAAUUAGCAAUUUUUAAAUUUUGAAGUGUGAAUUUUUACAGGUAAUACAUUUUUAAAGUAUUUCUGAAUAUUGGCUAUGGAGUUAUUUAGCAGAACAUCCUCCAAUUCCUUCUUUUUUGCUCACUGUGAAUGGUGAUAUACGACCAACUCUGCAUGCUUACUACUGUGCGGCAUACACACUUUUAGUGUAAUUAUACCACCUCAAGUAGAAAUCUCACUAUUAGCCAGUAUAACACAAAGAUAAAUGAGCAGAAAUCAGCUACAUUCAAAAUGAACCCCCCACUGUUAUGAUUAAAAUAUGAUGAUAUUUUUGCAGCUGAUUUCAUUAAGAACUUCUGCAUACUCUAUACUGUAGCUCCCUGGUGAAGUGAAGACACCACAUUUGAAUUUUGAAUUGUUAACACACUUUGGAUUAAACUGAAUCAUACAUUUCUAGUGAAUAGUAAUUAAAGAAUUCUUUUAUUUUUAGUUUCCAUUUGAUCAAAUGUCUUUGAUAUGUGUAGGAAUAACCCUUCUGAUAAAUGGAAGUUGGUUAGAAAAUGUGUAUUGACAUACCUAAUUUAUGUAAAUUAAUAUAAUUUGAAAAAGUGUUCACCUAGUGCUGAAAAACUCCAGAAGUACUUACUAACUGUGAUUUAUAGAUAAAGCCCACACACACAACCCAAGGACUAGUGGGACCUCUGUGUGCUGCAUACCGAAUGCACUACACCGACAAUAAUUUUCGAUACAAAAAUACUUCACUCGUUUUACUUUGGUUUAUAUUAGAUUGAUUGUUGAGAUAAUAAAGUUUUCUUUAAAUUGUUGAAACAAAUAAUAGCCCGAGUAAACAAACACCUGUCCGGUAGUGGAUCUCACACCUAGUGUUAGCUUUACUGUUUUGGAACUUACAGCAGGCGAUGCUGCGAAGGCAGUUUUAGGACAAUGGUCAGAGAUCUAUAAAACUUUGUGUCUCUAUGACAGUUAACCAGAUAUCUCAUUUGUCUGCACAGAAUAUGCAGAGCAGGCAUUUUGCAUUCCCAUCUUCAAAUCUCUACCUAAUGCAUGUUGGGCACCAAGUAACGAGCAGAGGAGACACCAUUUCCCGUGAAAGAUUGGAGAUGGUGUCCUUUCUAUCACCGGGUUACUGUCUAAUAAGGUCCUCCACUUGGAGGAGAUAUUAGACCGAUACUGGUUAUUAUAUUUCACCUAUAUUUCAAUGUGCAGAAAAAUGUUUUUCGUGCUAUAUCAUAGUGGUAUUAUAAGGGUCUUUACCUAGAGGUACAGGUGGGAACGUUUUCUUUGAAUGUUAUUCUAUCAAACUAAAACAAGCCAUGAAAAUGUGUGCACUAUUCUGUUUCUAUCCCACACGUUCUGUGACAUCUGAGCCGGUAUCAGUUUGGGCAUACUGUUAAAGAAGAAACAUCUUUCAUUGUUUAGUUGUUUAUCAUAGGAGAAACAACCCUUACGAUUAUGAAAUCCAAUUUGUUGUGCUUUAUUUAACAAAUGGUUUUGUUCUGUUGUGAAAUGCACAUUGCUGGAAAAUUUGGUUCAUAUUGAAAUUUUUAGAAGCCAAAUUUCACCUUUCUGCAUAUUAGUCAUUUUGAAAAACAAAAAAGUUAACUUAUAUGAGUUAAUCAUUAAGAAUAAUUACUAAAAAGGUCAAAUAAUGAAUUAAAAUGAAAUCAUGAAUAUUUGAGGAUUAGAAAUGUAAUUUCUUGCACCUCAUCAAAUUUACAGGGUUUUUUGUUAGGUUUGCCAGAAUAUGUGUGUGUUGCUGUGACGGAAGGAGAAAAACCACAUUUAAUUAGUUACUGUGAAUAUGUUUCCAAAGUUUGUUGGGUGUGAUUAUGCUGAACACAAGAGGAUUAAGCAAUAGAAUGUAGUAACCUUUAAUAUAUCUAUCUAUAAAUACUCUCUUUUACUUCUCUUGGACUUAGUUUUUGGGUGAUUACUCAAUUGGAAUAGAAUUUCACAAUUCAACUUGUCAUUGUAUUCCCCUUGUUGAGUCUUCUAAGGAAACAAACAUGCAUAUACAAUUACAUGCUAAGACUUCUAGCCUGUGUUAAGAUUUUGAAAAUACUGGACUAGCCUGACUUACAUUUUUGUAGAAAAUAUUGCAAAUUUUCACCAGUCCUGUCAUAAACUCUACUAGCCACAGGCAUUGGGCUGGUGAAUUUGUACACCUGUGAACUCGGUUAAAUAUAUUGCAUUUGGGACUAGUCUUCUGUCUAUGAAUAAUGCAAAUAUCUGCAAAGCAUACACAAUGUAUUUACAAAGUUAUAUUUUGAUGAAUUUUGCUUAAUAGUUGCAGACGGAAGAAAACAAAAUGAAAUGGAUAUAUAUUGGAGUAUCUGGAACAUUUGUUGAUACAUUUUGUAGUAAGAUAAUAUAUGGACCAGAUGGCUUGUGAAAUUCUAUAGAAUAUUAGUAUUCAUUUAGUAAUUGUCAAAGAGGAUGUCCAAGAGAAACAUUGAAUAUACAGUAGGUAGUUUUAGUGAGUGUGUAUAUUAAAUUGUGUAUGUUAACAUUAGUGUAUAACAGUAGCUGUUCUAGGAAUUGUAACUACUGGAGUUUCUGCUCAAACAAGAGUUGUCUCCCAUGACAUAUUUCCAUUCAUUCGUUUCUGAGGGGUAACAGGGUUAAUGGUAUCUAUUACCAGGGACAGUAUAUUAUACGUCCCUGCUAUUACCUAGCUAAACAGGAAAAAGAAUUGGGUGUCAUUUUCUAGAGUAAAAAAAUCAUAUUGGUUUUGAUUGACUGUAUUUUUUGUGUGAAAAUAUUUUUCAUGAGAAAGUAAAUUCAUCAUUUAUCAUUGUUACUUGUUUGAAUCUUGCUGGGGGGCAGUUUGUUAUGCUACUUGUUAUUGGUGGUAUUUUAAAGUGAGAAGUAAUUUUCUUUCUUCUGCUUGUAUUUUGUAUUUUGAAAUAAUUCUGAACGGACAUAUGUGAAAUAUGUGUAUAUUCAAAUAUUACAAUAUAAGCUGUGUCUGAUUUUCUUUAAAAGAAAGAAGUGUUUACUGUUGAAAAGAUGGAGAAUUGUUUCUAAAAAUAAAGAUAAACCUUAUUGAUUUUACAACAAUUAUGAAACAAGAUAAAUCAACAUGUAUUUAACACUCUUGUUGGCCUGGAUGUUAACGCAUGGGAGGAAACCGGAGUUCCUAGUGAAAACCCACGUGGUCAAACAGAUACCUGUUCAGGUCAGAUAACGAAAUCGAACCCUGGUCACCUUGGUGAAAGGCCGGUGUGUUACCCACUGCACCACCCGACCACUGUUCCUAUUUUAACUCUAUGCUAAAUUCUCUAUCAAGCUAUGUAUGAUACCAUAGUACGUAAUGCUAUUGUAUUGUUGCUGUCUAUUGUAAAAUGGUGUUAUUUUAAGGACUGAGUAAUUGGUAGGUCUGUAAACCUAUAUCUAUAUAAGAGGAAUA